UCCGCUCGGCCAAGAAGCAUUUACUUCGCAUUAUGGGCCAACAGUUAUUGCGAUAUCAUGAGCUUUUAACGCUAUUGACAAGGAUUGAAGCUUGUCUAAAUUCACGACCAAUUGUAGCCUUACAUGAUGACCCCGAAGGAGGACUGGCCUUAACGCCAGGUGAUUUCAUCAUUGGCCGACCAAUCAAUUGCCGUCCUGAGCCACCAUUACCAGAUAUACCGURCAACCGCCUCCAUUAUUGGCAGCGUUUGCAAGUAAUGUUCGAACAAUUUUGGAAAUGCUGGCAAAAUGAGUAUCUGAAUUCGCUUCAGGCCCGUAGCAAGUGGAUGGGGCCUGAACCGAACCUCAAAAUAGGAGAUGUCGUACUUAUUCGAAACGAGAACUUGCCACCCGCCUGUUGGCACAUGGGUCGUAUCACGGACACCCAUCCUGGCAGCGAUGGUCUUGUCCGCGUCAUUACGAUAGAAUACAAUGGAGAUCGGUUGACGAAUGAAGGCAUGUACGUCAAACGCCACUGUUAACGUCCUGUACAAAAGGUGUUAAGACUAACCGGAAUACAAGAAGAAAUUCUGAACCGCGAGGGUUCAGCCGGGGAGGAUGUUCGAGAUUGAAAUAUYGUAUAGGGUAUAAUCCCCCAUCUAAGUUGGCAUACGCUACGCCURUGGGAUWAAUAUCGCCUGAUUGUAGCGUUAUUUCUUCUAAUACUUUGUUCUUUGCAUUCAGCUAUUGACUGUCUAGCAUGUACAUACAUAUGUUAGCGACGCUGACUGAGGCCUACUCUAUAUAUGCACACCGCUAGCAUAUGCUCUAUUCCCGAAAUCCUAAUAGUUUACAUACAUAUCUACAUUUUAAGUAUAAGCGCAUCUAUUCGCUAGCGCAUCUAUUCGCUCUAGUGUAUUACCUAUUGAUGUGCAGUUAUUAUCAUUGCAUUUUUGAACAUAUGCCUACUGCACAAGCAGGCAUGUAAUUGCCGCUCUUUGCGGAUUUGUA